AUGGCAACAAUACCUAUCGAGUCAUCUCAGACGAUUUCCCCACCCAUCUUUUACUGGGGUACACCGGUUGUGUUGAUAACGACGGAGAACGAAGAUGGAACAUCCAACAUCGCGCCCAUGUCAUCAGCAUGGUGGCUUGGAAAUCGAUGCAUGUUAGGCCUAGGGGCCAUAUCGCAAACCACGAUCAAUUUGAUUCGAACCAAGCAAUGUGUCCUGAACCUCGCAUCAGACAACAUGGCAGGAGCAGUAAACGCUCUAGCAAAAACAACUGGGUCGAAGGAGAUGUCGACCGCAGCCAAGGGAACAGGAUACCUAUACUUCAAACGCAUGAAUGGCUACAAGUAUGUGCCGGACAAAUUUGGACAUUCAGGCUUGACACCGGCGGAUUCCGAUCUGAUUCGACCUCCCCGCAUUGCUGAGUGCCCUGCUCAGAUGGAGGCCGAAUUGAAGGGGGUGUAUGAAAUGAUGCAAGACGCGGAGAUGAAAGGGUUUAUCGCGUUGGAGGUUCAGGUUCUUCGGACACACGUUCAUGAAAAUAUUCGCAUGGCAGGGCAUGCGAAUCGAAUCGAUCCCGACAAAUGGCACCCGUUGAUUAUGAGCUUUCAGGAGCUGUAUGGACUGGGGCGCAAAAAGACUUCCGAGUCCAUUCUCGCCGAAAUCAACGAAGAAGGAUACAGGCCAUUCUCUAACACUGUCGACGAUGAGACAACAACUGAAGAGGAGGAGUAG